AUGGGUCUUAACCUAGAGGAACUCUAUGGCCAAAAUUUAGCUGAAGAGCAGAAGCCGGACGAAUAUUCAGAGUACCAGCCAAAGCGUGGCUAUGGCUGGGCCAACACUCUGCCUGAAAGGCAGGGUCUGUAUGACCCUGAAUAUGAGAAGGAUGCUUGCGGUGUAGGCUUCGCUGCCCACAUCAAGGGCAAGGCAAGCCACAAAAUUGUCAGUGAUGCUCGCAAUCUGCUCUGCAACAUGACGCAUCGAGGAGCUGUCGGCUCUGAUGCUCGAGAUGGUGAUGGUGCUGGUGUCAUGACCAGUAUCCCCCAUAAAUUUUUCAUCAAGAACUUUGCCCGGGAAGUCGGCGUAGAGCUGCCUCCUUUGGGUCAAUAUGCCGUCGGUAACUUGUUCUUCAAGCCCGAUGAGGAGUCUCUCACCGAGUCCACUUCAAAACUCGAGGAAAUCGCUGAAUCCCUGGGACUGCGAGUGCUGGGUUGGCGUGAGGUUCCUCGUGAUUCGACCAUUCUCGGUCCUGCUGCUCUAUCCAGAGAGCCUAUCGUCAUGCAGCCUUUCGUGGUCUUGAAGUCCGCAUAUGGUGAAGGGAACAAGCCUGAAAUCACCGAUUCUGAGUCGUUCGAUGAAAAGACAUUCGAGCGCCAACUUUACGUUCUGCGGAAACGUGCUACUCACGUCAUUGGUCUUGCCAAUUGGUUCUAUCUUUGCUCGCUCAGUAACCGAAACAUUGUCUACAAGGGACAGUUGGCCCCCGUUCAGGUAUACCAGUACUACCAUGAUCUCGUCAAUGUGGACUACGAGGCGCAUUUUGCUCUCGUCCACUCUCGGUUCUCUACCAACACAUUCCCAUCAUGGGACCGCGCACAGCCUCUCCGAUGGGCCGCCCACAACGGUGAAAUCAAUACCUUGCGGGGCAACAAGAACUGGAUGAGAGCAAGAGAAGGUCUUCUCAAAUCGGACAUCUUUGGUGACGAACUCGAUACAUUGUACCCGAUUGUGGAAGACGGCGGCUCUGAUUCGGCUGCCUUCGAUAAUGUUCUGGAGCUCCUGAUGAUCAAUGGCGUCUUGUCUCUACCAGAGGCGGUGAUGAUCAUGAUCCCCGAAGCUUGGCAGGAUAACCCGGCUAUGGACCCUGCCAAAGCUGCCUUUUAUGAGUGGGCAGCUUGCCAAAUGGAGCCUUGGGAUGGUCCCGCCCUCUUCACAUUCUCCGAUGGACGCUACUGCGGUGCUAAUCUCGACCGUAACGGCCUGCGUCCCUGCCGUUUCUACGUGACUGAUGACGACCGUAUUAUCUGUGCGUCGGAGGUUGGUGCUGUCGACAUUGACCCCGAAAUAGUCAUCCAGAAGGGGCGCCUGCAGCCUGGAAAGAUGCUUCUUGUUGACACUGUGGCAGGGCGUAUCAUUGACGAUGCAGAACUGAAGCAAACUGUCGCUCGUCGCCAGGAAUUCGCCACAUGGCUAGAUAAGGAGCUUUUGAGGCUGCCUGCCAUUAACGAGAAGCUAAUUGAACAGAAUGUGGACCUCAGCCACGCCCUCGACGACUCGUCUAUCCAGAAUGACUCCCGUCUAAAGGCCUUCGGUUAUACCUUCGAGCAGGUUAGUCUGCUUCUCGGUCCCAUGGCUGCCGAUUCAAAAGAAGCCCUUGGUUCCAUGGGUAAUGAUGCUCCUUUGGCUUGUAUGGCGCAACAACCUCGCUUGCUUUAUGAGUAUUUCCGUCAACUAUUCGCUCAGGUCACCAACCCUCCCAUUGACCCUAUUCGGGAGGCCGUUGUCAUGUCCCUUGAUUGCUAUGUUGGCCCCCAGGGCAAUCUCCUGGAGAUGGACCAAUCGCAAUGCAACCGUCUGCGUCUCCCGUCUCCCAUCUUGAGCAUUCCCGAAUUCAACACCCUCAAGAAUAUCAGCCAAGUCCACAGGGAUUGGACUGUGAAGACCAUCGAUAUCACCUUCGAGAAAGAAAAGGGCAUUGCUGGUUACCUUGAGGCCCUUGAUGCCAUUUGUGAUGCCACCACAGAGGCAAUCCAGAACGGCGACAAGGUCAUUAUUCUCUCUGACCGCGCAACCUCUGCGCAUCGAGUCCCUGUAUCCGCGUUGCUCGCUACCGGUCUGGUGCACCAUCAUAUGAUCCGCAACAAGUGGAGAUCACUUGCUGCCCUGGCUGUUGAGACUGCCGAAGCUCGCGAAGUUCACCACAUGUGUGUUCUGGUUGGUUACGGUGCUGACGCUAUCAACCCCUACCUGGCCAUGGAGUGCAUCUUCAAGAUGAACCGAGAGAAGCUGAUUCGCAAGCAACUCUCCGACGAAGAGGUUAUUGAGAAUUACAAGGCUUCUUGCGAUGGCGGUAUCCUGAAGGUCAUGAGCAAGAUGGGCAUCUCUACCCUUCAAUCCUAUAAGGGUGCUCAGAUUUUCGAGGCACUAGGUAUCGAUGAUAGCGUUAUCGACCGAUGCUUUGCUGGAACUGCAAGCCGCAUUCGUGGGUUGACUUUCGAGCUAAUCGCCCAGGACGCAUUCGCCUUCCACGAACGUGGCUACCCGUCUCGCCCCAUCGUCGAGGUUCCUGGUCUCCCAGAAUCUGGCGAAUAUCACUGGCGUGAUGGUGGUGAAGCCCACAUCAACGAUCCCGUCAGCAUUGCUAACGUACAGGAUGCUGUCCGCACCAAGAACGAUAAGUCUUACGAGGCGUACGCUAAGGCUGCACAUGAGCAAGUCAAAAACUGCACAUUGCGUGGGAUGCUCGAGUUCGACUUCGAGCAACGGACGCCAAUCCCUAUUGACCAGGUCGAGCCCUGGACUGAGAUCGUCCGUCGCUUUGUGACCGGCGCCAUGUCCUAUGGAUCCAUCUCUAUGGAGUCACAUUCCACUCUGGCCAUUGCCAUGAAUCGUCUUGGUGGUAAAUCCAACACUGGAGAAGGUGGUGAAGAUCCUGAGCGCAGUAACAGAUUGGAGAAUGGGGACACCAUGCGGUCUGCCAUCAAGCAGAUUGCCUCCGGUCGUUUUGGUGUUACUUCCCACUAUCUCGCCGACGCCGAUGAGCUGCAGAUCAAGAUGGCCCAGGGCGCAAAGCCCGGAGAAGGUGGUGAACUUCCCGGCCACAAGGUUGUCGGCCCCAUCGCUCACACUCGUUACUCCACCCCUGGUGUCGGUCUGAUCUCGCCCCCGCCUCAUCACGACAUUUACUCCAUUGAGGAUCUCAAGCAGCUUAUCUACGAUCUCAAGUGUUCCAACCCUCGGUCUCGUGUCUCGGUGAAGUUGGUAUCGGAAGUUGGUGUAGGCAUCGUCGCCUCCGGUGUUGCCAAGGCCAAGGCUGAUCAUAUUUUGAUCUCUGGCCAUGAUGGUGGUACUGGUGCUUCUCGUUGGACUGGUAUCAAGUAUGCCGGUCUUCCCUGGGAACUGGGCCUUGCUGAGACCCACCAGACAUUGGUUCUCAAUGAUCUGCGUGGCCGUGUUGUGGUCCAAACCGACGGCCAAAUCCGCACUGGCCGUGAUCUCGCCAUUGCCUGUCUGCUCGGAGCUGAAGAGUUCGGCUUUGCUACAACCCCAUUGAUUGCGCUUGGUUGCAUCAUGAUGCGGAAAUGCCAUUUGAAUACGUGUCCCGUUGGUAUCGCAACCCAGGACCCUGAACUUCGUAAGAAGUUCAAGGGUACACCUGAACAUGUGAUCAACUUCUUCUAUUAUGUCGCCAACGAGAUGCGUGCUAUCAUGGCCAAGUUGGGCAUUCGCACUGUCAACGAGAUGGUUGGGCGUGCUGAGCUGCUCAAGGUCCGAGAGGACAUCCGCUCUGCCAAGCAGGAGAGAAUUGACCUUUCCCUCAUCUUGACCCCUGCUCACUCUCUGCGUCCCGGUGUUGCUACAUACAAUGUUCGCAAGCAGGAUCAUCGCCUGCACACCCGUCUUGACAACAAGUUGAUUGCUGAAUCUGAGUUGGCUUUGGAGAAGGGCCUACCAUGCAGGAUUGAGUGCGAUAUCGUCAACACUGAUCGUGCCCUGGGCGCUACUCUGUCUUACCAGGUCAGUCGCCGCUACGGAGGAGCUGGCUUGCCACAAGACACCAUCCACUCCAACAUCAAGGGUUCUGCCGGCCAGUCUUUUGGUGCAUUCCUUGCUCCCGGUAUCACACUUGAGCUUGAGGGUGAUGCCAACGAUUAUGUCGGAAAGGGUCUUUCAGGUGGUCGCCUUAUUGUCUAUCCGCCUCGUGGUGCAGCUUACAAGGCAGAGGAGAACAUCAUUAUCGGUAACACCUGUCUUUAUGGUGCUACCCGGGGUACUUGCUACUUCCGUGGUGUGGCAGCCGAACGUUUCGCUGUCCGCAAUUCUGGUGCUACUGCUGUUGUUGAAGGUGUUGGUGACCACGGAUGUGAGUAUAUGACUGGUGGUCGUGUUCUCAUCCUCGGACCCACUGGCCGUAACUUUGCCGCUGGUAUGUCUGGUGGUAUUGCCUACGUUCUGGAUAAGAACCAGGACUUCCUUUCCAAGGUCAACAUGGAGAUGGUCGAAGUCUCCGGCCUGGAAGAUCCCGCGGAAAUUGCCUUUGUCCGCGGUUUGAUUGAGGAUCAUCACCAUUACACCGGCUCAGAGUUAGCCGCUCGUAUUCUGCUGGACUUCACUCGUGCUUUGCCUCAUUUCAUCAAGGUGUUGCCCACUGACUACAAACGGAUUCUGGCGGAGGAAGCUGCCAAGGCCGCAGCUGCUAAGAAGGCUGAAUUCACCAUUCCCCAGCUUCCCAGCACUCCUUCAGAGAAGUCCAAGCACAAGGCGGAAGGCGAGGACAAGAAGGCGGAGAUGCUAGAUAUUGAGGACAGUGUCAGCGAUUCCAAGACUGAGAAGAAGAGAUCUGCUCUGAUUCUCGACAAGACAAGAGGCUUCAUGAAGUACAACCGCCGCAGUGAGAAGUACCGCAACCCUGCCACUCGUACUCGGGACUGGGCCGAGCUUAAUAGCCGUCUCAGCGAGGACGAGCUUAAGUAUCAGUCCGCUCGCUGCAUGGACUGCGGCGUUCCUUUCUGCCAGUCCGACACUGGUUGCCCCAUCUCCAACAUCAUCCCCAAGUGGAAUGAGCUUGUUUUCCAGAAUCAAUGGCAGGAUGCGCUUAACCGUCUACUCAUGACCAACAACUUCCCUGAAUUCACUGGCCGUGUCUGCCCUGCUCCUUGUGAAGGCGCCUGCGUGUUGGGCAUCAACGAAGAUCCCGUGGGCAUCAAGUCCAUUGAGUGUGCCAUCAUUGACCGUGGGUUUGAGAUGGGAUGGAUGGUUCCUCGCCCUCCCCCGACGCGCACUGGUAAAUCGAUUGCCAUCAUCGGCUCCGGCCCUGCUGGUCUCGCUGCUGCAGAUCAGCUAAAUCGCGCCGGUCAUAGCGUCACUGUAUAUGAGCGCGCUGACCGUGUUGGUGGCCUGCUCAUGUACGGCAUCCCCAACAUGAAACUUGACAAGAAGAUUGUUCAACGCCGUGUCGACCUUAUGGCGGCCGAAGGCAUCAAGUUCGUUACCAACACAGCUGUUGGUCCUGACAGUGAGGUUUCUUUGGACUCUCUGCGUCAAACCAAUGACGCUGUCAUCAUUGCCACGGGCGCUACUGUUGCCCGUGAUCUUAAGGUACAUGGUCGUGAAUUGGAUGGUGUGCACUUUGCCAUGCAGUUCUUGCACCGCAAUACCAAGUCUCUUCUCGACUCUGGUCUGGCUGAUGGCGAGUACAUCUCCGCAAAGGACAAGCACGUUGUCGUUAUUGGUGGUGGUGACACUGGCAAUGACUGUAUCGGUACUUCUGUUCGCCAUGGUGCCAAGUCCGUCGUCAACUUUGAGUUGCUUCCUCAGCCUCCUCCAGAGCGCGCCCGCGACAACCCGUGGCCCCAGUGGCCCCGUAUCUAUCGUGUCGACUACGGUCACUCCGAGGUCAAGACUCACAUGGGCAAGGAUCCUCGCGAAUAUUGUGUCAUGUCUACCGAAUUCGUCGAUGAUGGUAAUGGCCAUGUUAAGGGAAUCAACACUGUCCGUGUCGAGUGGACCAAGAGCGCUUCUGGCGGUUGGGACAUGAAGACCGUUGAGGGUAGUGAGCAAUUCUUCCCUGCGGAGCUUGUUCUCCUGUCAAUGGGUUUCCUUGGCCCUGAGGACCGUCUACUGGGCGAUGAGAUUGAGCGUGAUGCUCGUAAGAAUGUCAAGACACCGCCAGGCCACUACUCUACUAAUGUUUCUGGUGUCUUCGCUGCUGGUGACUGUCGCCGUGGACAGUCUCUCAUUGUCUGGGGCAUCAAUGAAGGUCGCCAAUGUGCACGUGAAGUUGACAGCUUCUUGAUGAACACCAGCUCUUCGCUUCCUGUGACUGGUGGCAUUGUUCGCCGUCCCGCUAUUGACAUGGUUCUGCAUGCUGCAGAGCAAACUGUCAUCGCCUAG